ACAGGAAGCUAUUGGGUGGGGGCUCGGUGUCACCGCUGAGCCUCCCCUCUCGACUCUCCGCUUUACUUCCCCAUGAUACCUACAGCAGGUACAGGCUGAGGGUGGACUCCCAGAUUCUCACACCCCACCUCCGACUGUUCUCUACUCUCCUCGCUGAUCCCUGAUGCUGCUGCCUGCUGCCUGCCAUUGACGAAGAAGAAAAAUAAAAGCCGGUAGAUGAGAAAGAGGAAAUUGGGCAGAGUUUAGCCACUCUGUGGUUAGCCUGGCCCAUGUGUCCCUUGAAACCCUGGCUGUGUGACAUGGGGGGAACUUCAAGAGCUGUUAACAAAGCCAGUCACCUACUUGAGCAAGAAUCGAGCUCCAGUGGGCUCUGAGCCCAAGCCGUAUGCCCAGCCCUUGGACUCUGGAACGGCAGCUUCAACCACCAGGGGUGGCCAUGGACCCAGGAAACCUGAGAAUCCAGAUUUCUUCUCAACCAUGGAGGAUGAGCAGGCAGGAAGAUGGUUUUCUGAGGCACCUCAGCGAGAGCGCAGAAGACCUCAGCCUGGACCUGGGAGCCCUUCAGGGCAGCGAGUACCUCCGGGAUCUGGGCUUGGGGGCCCCUUCUGACCUCCAUCAGUCUGAAGUGGUUAUGGAUCCUGAGACCCCCAGAAGAGAGUCCUUCCACACAAGCUGUGAGGGAGCUUCAGCCCUGCCUCAAAGACACAGCUGGGAGAGACCCCGGAGCUGCUCAGAGAGGGGUCGAAGGCUCAGCCUUGAUGCCUCUGAGGUGGAUGAGGGGGCCUGUCUCCCCCGGACUCUGGCUAGCCUCGCUCUGAAUCUGUCUGGAGAUGGGCAGAAGACUUGGAUCCAAGGAUGCUUACCUGUCAGUGGGACACCAGCACCCUCAAGCAAGGAAGGCAACAGCCCUGAGAAAAGGCUAAGAUCCAAGUCAGUACCUGUGUCCUGUGAAGAGAUCAGCUGUCUGGAACCGGCUUCUGGCUCAGAUGUGUGUGCUCCACCUGUACAAGGCCUUGAACCCCCGGUGCUGGAGUGUUUGGAAAAGGACCACGUGGAGCCAGACCAUGUGCUGAUAGUGCAACAGGUGCUUCAGGAGCUGAGGCAGUACCACGGGGCCCGUCAGCGAGCUCGCAUGUCCAUCAGCCCUGGAGGACCCCACUCCAACCUCACCUGGUUCGAGUUCCUGUCAGAGAGCGAGGAUGGUGUGUGCAAGAAUGAGAAGACGGACAAGAGCACCAGAGUGAAGCGCAGCCUGAGCUCCCUCCGCAGCAGGGUCACGAGGCAGAAGGAGAAGGGGAAGAACCCAGCACAUCUAAAAGAUAAGAUUCAGGAUGUUCCAGGAAAGCGGGAGUGUGUCAACGGGCACCAGCUGGUGCGAGGAACCUUCUCGGGCCACUCCAGCUGUCCUCUGUGUGGCAAACCUUUGCUGAGCUCAGCCUCCCUGAAGGAGCACCCCCGGACCGCACUUCUGUCUGAUGGCAGCAGCCCGGCUCCCUCCCGGAAUGUCGGCAUGACCGUCUCUCAGAAAGGGGGUCUCCAGCCAACACCGAGCCCAGCUGGAUCUGGGGUGCGACUUGGACCGAUCGCUGGAGACAUGGAUGAAGCUGACUCCGUGUUUUUAAAGCUGAAACAGACGGCUGAUGACUCUCUGUCACUCACAUCCUCGAAUGCUGAGUCUGUUUUCAUAGAAGAUCCUUACACUGCCUCGCUGAGGUGUGAGAUCGAAUCAGAUGCCCAUGAGUUUGAGGCCGAGUCCUGGAGCCUCUCGGUGGAUGUAGCAUAUGCCAAGAAACAAAAGAAGGAGGUGGUCAAGAGACAGGACGUCCUGUAUGAGCUGAUGCAGACAGAGGCGCAUCACGUGCGCACGCUGAAGAUCAUGCUGAAAGUAUACUCCAGAGCCCUGCAGGAGGAGCUGCAGUUCAGCGUCCAGGCAGUCAGCCGCCUGUUCCCAUGCGCCGACGACUUACUGGACAUGCACAGCCACUUCCUCGCCCGCCUUAAGGAGCGCCGGCAGGAGUUCCUAGAGGAGGACAGUGAUCGGAAUUAUGUCAUCCAGAAGAUCGGAGAUGUCCUGGUCCAGCAGUUCUCAGGAGAAACCGGGGAGAGAAUGAAGGAGAAAUACGGUGUGUUCUGUAGCGGCCACAAGGAUGCGGUCGGGCACUACAAGUUACUGCUGCAGCAGAGCAAGAAGUUUCAAAACUUAAUCAAGAAAAUUGGCAACUUUUCCAUCGUGCGAAGGCUGGGAGUGCAGGAGUGUAUCCUUCUGGUCACACAGCGUAUAACCAAGUACCCGGUGCUAGUGGAACGCAUCAUCCAGAACACGGAAGCUGGCACUGAGGACUACAAGGACCUGAGCCAGGCCCUGAACCUCAUCAAAGACAUCAUCUCACAAGUGGAUGCCAAAGUCAGUGAGUGUGAGAAGGACCAGCGCCUCAAGGAGAUCGUAGCCAAGAUGGACUCGAAGUCAUCCGGCAAACUCAAGAACGGGCGAACCUUCCGAAAGGAGGAUAUGCUGCAGCGCCAGCUCCACCUGGACAGCACCCUGUGCUGGAAGUCCACGUCGGGGCGCUUGAAAGAUGUCCUCGCUGUCCUGUUGACCGAUGUGCUUUUGCUGCUGCAAGAAAAGGAUCAAAAAUACGUCUUUGCUUCUGUGGACUCAAAGCCACCCGUCAUCUCUCUGCAAAAGCUCAUUGUGAGAGAGGUAGCCAACGAGGAGAAGGCCAUGUUUCUGAUCAGCGCCUCCAUGCAGGGACCAGAGAUGUACGAGAUCUACACCAGUUCCAAAGAGGACAGGAACAUCUGGAUGGCCCACAUCCGACGGGCCGUGGAGAGCUGUCCUGACGAGGAGGAGGGCAUUUUCCUCGAGGCUGAGGAGAGAAGGAUGGCUGAAGCCCGCACCAUGAAACUCCGGGACUUUCAAGAGCGACUGAGCCUGAAAGACCAGCUGAUCGCCCAGAGCCUUCUGGAGAAACAGCAGAUCUACCUGGAGAUGGCUCAGCUGAGCGGGCUGGAUGAGUCGGCCCAGUGCCGAGGCCUCUUCCGAGGAGGAGGGGACCCCUCUGAGACCCUACGAGGGGAGCAGAUUCUCAGAUCAGCCAUGAGUGAGAUUGAGGGCAUCCAGAGCCUGAUCUGCCGGCACGUGGGCAGCACCAGUAGCCAAGUGGAAGAGGGAGGUGUCUCUGCAGGCCUGCCUCGGAGGGCUGAGACCUUCGGGGGCUAUGACAGCGUGGGCAGCCCCAACAAGGGUGGCAGCUUUAAAAGGAAGGUGUACAACAGUGACCCCAGGCCCCAAGACUGGCAAGGGCCUGCUAGCAGCCCGGACUCCAUGCCCUGUGACACCACCACCCCCAGUGGCUGCUGCGAGGAAUCACCACAGGCUGUGGAGAUGCCUAGCGCAGAGAGUAGCCCAUGUCUGCCCACUGUCCUGGAAUCAGAGCUGGUCCACCGGGUCCAGACCCUGUCGCAGCUGCUUCUUAGUCUCCAGGCAGUCAUCGCUCAACAGGAUAGCUACGUGGAGAUGCAGCGAAUGGCCAUCCAGGAGCGUGAGAAGCAGUUCCGGCUGCAAUCAACGCGUGGGAACCUGCUUCUAGAGCAAGAGCGGCAACGCAACUUUGAGAAGCAGCGUGAGGAGCGCGCGGGUGUGGAGAAGCUGCAAAACCAGCUGCGCCAGGAGCAGCAGCGAUGGGAGCGGGAGCGGGCACGCCAGCAGCAGGAACUGGAGCUGGCAGGCGCGCGACUGCAGGAGAGAGAGGGCGAGGCGCGCCAGCUGCGCCAGCGGCUGGACCAGGAGCGCACAGAGCUGGAGAGACAGCGCCAGGCCUACCAGCAUGAUCUGGAGCGUCUGCGCGAGGCCCAGAGAGCAGUGGACCGUGAACGUGAGCGCCUGGAACUACUGCGCAGGUUCAAGAAACAGAACACUGUACCGGGGGCACUGCCCCCGGAAGUGCUGGCAGAGGCCCAGCCUGCAAGCCACCCUCUCAACUUCAAUGGGGAUGGGCUGGAGGGCCACUUGGCCCCAGCCAAAGCACCAGGAACACAGGGGAGCAUGCUACACGGCACAGGACCUGAGUACGGAGAGCGAGCUGAGGUGGCCCGCUGGGACAGUGCCCCUGCUGAGAGCCGGCCAGCCAAGAGUGAUGUGCCCAUCCAGCUGCUCAGUGCCACCAAUCAGAUUCAGAGGCAGACAGCCGUGCAGCAGCAGAUCCCCACCAAGUUGGCCGCCUCCACCAAGGGGGGCAAGGAUAAGAACAGCAAGAGCAGGGGUUCCCAGCGCUGGGAGAGCUCAGCAUCCUUCGACCUGAAGCAGCAGCCACUCUUCAACAAGCUCAUGGGCAAGGACGAGAACGCGUCCCGAAACCGCCGCUCACUGAGCCCCGUCCUACCUGCAGCCCAUGGAUCUGCACCUGCCCCAGACCCCUGCUUCCCAGCCCCAAGCCCGGUCCCGGCCGCCACAGCCCCCGAGGCCUUCAAGUCAGGAGGCACGUCACUGCCACCUGCCUCCCCAGCUCCCUCGCUGCCAACCACACCGCCCACCAUCACAGAUGAAGUUGGCAAGGAAGACGUCAUCUUCUUCUGAGGGGCCGUGGCCCCAAGAGCAGACCCCUUUCCCUUUCUGUCCUGAUAACCCUUUGUGUCUCUGGGGAACCCUGUGGGUGACUGUUCUGUCUGGCCAUCCCCUUCCCCUGCACAGCCAGGCACUUGCUCAUCUGAGAUUGCCCACAUGGUGGUCUCACAGUUCUCUAUAGAUUUAGUGGGUAGCCCCUUGAACGAACAUACAUACACACACACACACACACACACAUAUUAUAUAUAUAUAUAUGUAUAUAUAUAUAUAUAUAUAUAUAUACAUAUAUAUGUAUAUAUAUAUAUAUGUAUAUAUAUAUAUAUAUAUAUAUAUAUAUAUAUAUAUGCUCAAACAAAGUUCUUUUAAGUUGAAGGUGGAGCCCCAGCUAAACCACAGAGCUGUUUUAAACCAGAGGCAGCAGAGGGAGCCAGGAGACAGAGCAGGCAGGUCUGAGAAGACACCAGCCCCAGGGGCAGACUCCAUAACCCCCAGGAAUCUCUGGAUUGAACUGAGUCAUUAAGCACCGGGUAACUACAGAGGGCCACGGGGUUGGAAAGACUUAGGCAGCCCCAGGCAACCCAUGGAGCAACAGACUGUGGGUUCAGAAAUCAGUCUGAAGAGGGGUUAACAAUGGUCACUCCUGGUGGUAGGCCAGGGUUUUUCCCAACUCUGCUUCUCGGGGCGCCGGCCAUGUCCUCCCACCCACUGUAUCUGAGCUGCAGAACUCCAGGCUCAGCAGGGCAGCACAUAUCCCACAGACAGUGUUCGGUUGCCGUAAGCGAGUUGGCUUUCCUAGUCCCUUCAGUGGUCUGCCAGGAAGGCAGCGCUAACCCAUUCAGGGACAUUGCCAGGGAGCAGCCUGUGCAGGACAGCAGCUGGUCCAGCCUGGUCUUGUUCCCAGAAUCACCCCUUACCCAGGUUUCCCUGCUGCACCUGCCCUGAGGUACUAACGAGCAGGACCAAGUCCUACACUGAUGGUUCUUAGUCACAGAAAGGACAAGUCAGUCUCCAGAGCCAGCAUCCUAAGGAACCAUUUCCAAGAGCCCUGCUGCCCUGUGAUACCUGGCGCAGACAGCCAGGCCAUCCCCACCACUGUGGACAGGGAGGCGUCAGAGGCUGCUGGCAUGAGCCAAGACUUCAGCACUCAGAAGCUCAGGGAGCGUCUGCAGGUGUGGUAACCAAGCUUAAGAGCGAUGGCCUCUGACGACUUCAGAGUGUGCCAGGAGUGGUGUGCCUGGGGACCCCAGUCCCGAACAGCCUUUAUUCUGGUCCUUCUGUCCCCGUCUUGUGUCCAGAGUGUAUCUACCAGACCUCAUUGUGCCAUGUUGCUAAGCAGUGUUUUGUGGUUUUGUACUGAGAUGCAUCAGAGCACUUUAGGAAAGCUGGCGUUUAAGUUUCCACUCUGAAGAGAACAUUCCAGUCCCCAACCAGAGCUGGGUGGGCUCACCAUCAGACACCUUGAGUUUUUGGAUUUUGAAGUUCAGAUGGUUUCCACUUGGCCCUGGGAAGGAUUCAGUAUAUCCCCGCCUGGUGGCCGGGUGGUUCUCAGCUGUGUACUGUACACAGUAGGACAGCGUCAUAAGUUAUCUGUCACCAGUGGCCCUGGGCUCCUUCCUAGCAGAUCUCGUUUGUAAAGACGGUGGGCCAGCAGCAUUCGAUCUCUGAGGUUGAGUGGCACCCCUCGUCAGUCAUGACCGCCAUCUUCGCCUACCCUUUAUUAUUUUCACAGUGAUAACAGCAUCCCAGCAACAGGGUGUUCUGGAACUGCCCUAGAACUUAUGACCAGAUUCUAGCAAUAAAAUUAUCCAAGGGA